GCAGGAGUGUGACAGCAGAGGGAGGGCGGCAGCGGCGGCGGGGGAAGGGAAGUGGUUGGCGCUGAGCAGGCAGCAGCCAGUGACCCGGCAGCGCUGCGCUUGCGAACCUCCGCCUCCAGCAGCAGCAGCAGCAGCAGCAGCGGGAGUAGCAGGGGCGGGCGGCGCCCAUUGAGUGUGGGAGGCCGGCAGAGGUGGCUGAGCGGAGCCGCGCCACUUCCAGAGCCGCCCCGACCUGUGUCGGGACUCUCCGACCCCAGCCAGCCCCGCGGGGCCUCCGCCCGGUCUCCUCUCUCCGCCUGCCACUCCCUCUCCAGCGCCAUGGCGGCGGCGGCGGCCGCCGAGCCCAGCAGCGGCCGAUACCAGCAGUUGCAGAAUGAGGAGGAGCCUGGAGAGACUGAACACACUGUGAAUGAUGCCCCUCCACCUUACAGCAGCAUUUCUGGGGAGAAUGCAGAAUAUUUUGACUACAAAGAUGAAUCAGGGUUUCCCAAGCCCCCUUCUUACAAUGUGGCCACAACAUUGCCUAGUUACGAUGAAGCGGAGCGAAGUAAGGCUGAAGCUACCAUUCCCUUGGUUCCUGGAAGAGAGGAUGACUUUGUGGCACGGGAUGAUUUUGAUGAUACUGACCAGCUGAGGAUAGGAAAUGAUGGCAUCUUCAUGCUAACAUUCUUCAUGGCUUUCCUCUUCAACUGGAUUGGAUUUUUCUUGUCCUUCUGUCUGACCACUUCAGCUGCAGGACGAUAUGGGGCUAUUUCGGGGUUUGGUCUGUCUCUCAUUAAGUGGAUCCUGAUUGUCAGGUUCUCAACCUAUUUCCCUGGUUACUUUGAUGGUCAGUACUGGCUCUGGUGGGUUUUCCUUGUAUUAGGCUUUCUGCUGUUUCUCAGAGGAUUUAUCAAUUAUGCAAAGGUUCGGAAGAUGCCGGACACAUUUUCCACUCUCCCCAGGACCAGAGUUCUCUUUAUUUACUAAAGAUGUUUUCUGGCAAAUGUCUUCCUGCGUUAAUGAAUUCUCCCUCAAGAAGUAACAGGACACCUGCAGGAAGUGAAUCAAGACUGAACACAGAAGAAAAAAUAAUCACCUGCUUUAAAAUAAAUAAAUAAAAGUACUGUUGAUAAAGAGAUGCAUUUCUUUCUAUUUGUUUCUAGGUGUAAAAUUUUAAUAGUUAAUGCAGAAUUCUGUAAUCAUUGAAUCAUUAGUGGGCUAAUGUUUGAAAAAGCUAUUGCAGUCAAGUCUGUGAUGUACUAAUAAUGCCUUAUAUAGUAUUUGUAGUAUAGCAUGAGCUAUGCCCCUGUAGCCAGUAGGGGGCAGUCUUGUUUUAUUUCAUUCUCCAUCUUAAAAAUGAUUCUGGAAUCCAAUAUUUUAGUGUAAAAUAUGUAUAAUGCUGGCUGUUUUGAAGGGGUGUUCUCAAAAGUUUAGAAGACUGUUUUGUUAUGACUACAUUUUUGCACAUAUCUAUCUGCUGUUAAAUCUAAAACUGUGCUGUCUCUAUACCUGGAAGUAAAAUCAAUAGAUUCUUUAAGGCA